UUACAUGAAUAACUUAUAGUUUUGUAUUUCCUGACAGCAGAAGACCUUAAUUAUUGAGUCAGGUGUAUAGUCCCAGUGUUAGGUACUCUACAUACCUGGCAUUCUGGUGACGUUUAUUGAGUAUUUGUGUUGUACGUGUGUGUGGUCAGGGAGAUCUAGUCACCAUGGUUAUGAUUGGUUGGAAAGCGUGACGUUAUUUUACAAAUCACUAACCUAACCUGGUGCUGUAUGUUGUUACCUUGCUGGAUCUGCAUUCUUAGAAAUAUUUCAUCAUAAGUGUGGAUGACGGUCGUUCUCAAACCGCUCGAGUGUGUGUGUGUGUGUGUGUUCGUCAAUGCUGAGGUGCGGUACGAUAUUUUGUAUGAGCCUGCAACACUCACGGGCCAUAUGAGUCAAGGCGCCAACCAACAGUGUUACCGAAAUUAUCUUACCUAGUGGACAUACACCUUCCUCUUCUGCCCUGUGUGUGUGUGUGUCUACUGAGGUAAUUUACAGAUCCGAACAAACGUGAACUACUAAUAUAAAAACAAAAAAAUUGAAACAAAGAAGAAAUAUCGAACGAAAACAGGAAAAACUCGAACACUAAUAAAUAUUGUAACUGAGGAAUGCCAACUACAGAAUCUGAACAGAGAUGUAAAGAAAGGAAGGAUAAGGUUAACAGAUAGAUACCAUGACGCGUGUUGACUCGAUUGAGAUGGACGCUGGCUACAAGGCAGUGAGGCGCGGCGACCAACCACCACUUCGAGGUCGCAAUCUUCAGGUGGCGGAGGAGUUCUGGAGCCGCCACGACCCUAGCCACUCCCGGAGCAUCCCCCUGACUGUGAUAAAGGAACGGCUCCUGCAGACGAAGGAGGCGGACGAUAUGCCCAACGGCCUAGUGUUGCAGCUCCUUCGUCAGGCUGACAGGAACCACGACGGCUACAUCACAUACGAAGAAUUCAUGCAAUACGCUGAGUCGUCGUCAAAACACUCCAGCGCGAGGGAAACAUUUAACAGGGCGACCCUCAGUGUAGUGCCCCGGGGUGAGAGGACUGUGGAAAAGAGGAGCUACCUGCAGGAGUACAAGUGUUGUCCUCCUGCCCUCUUCAUGAUCACCGCCUCUCUUAUCGAGAUCGCGGUGUUCGUCUAUUACUGCAUAGACAUGGAUGUUCCUGGGACACCCAAUGGACCCCCGCCCGUCUACUCUCCUCUCAUCUAUAACCCGUUUAAGCGGUUCGAGGCCUGGCGCUACCUCACCUACGCUCUUAUACACUCUGGGUAUAUGCACCUGGUGAUGCAGGUGUUUUUGGGGCUGCUACUGGAACUGGUACACGGGUGGUGGCGGGUCGGGCUCAUCUACAUGGCAGGGGUGCUGGCUGGCUCCCUCUCUCACUCGAUCUCGGCUCCCAAGAUGUACGUGGCCGGGGCGUCUGGCGGGGUGUAUGCCAUCACCUACUCACACGUCGGCAACCUCCUGAUGAACUGGUCCGAGAUGGAGUUUAGGUGGAUCCAGUUGGUGUUGUGUUUAACCCUCACCAUCGCUGAUGUCGCUUACGCCUUAUGGGACUCUUACGGCAGCUCCAACCCCUCUAACACUGGCCACAUGGCUCAUCUGGGAGGAGCCAUCGCCGGGAUGUUAGUAGGAAUCAACAUCCUGAGGAACCUGAAGAGGAGGAGGUGGGAGAAGUUCCUGUGGUGGGUUGCGUUCUUUGUGUACUUGGCGAUGGUGGUGACAGGCAUCGUCCUCAACUGCGUUCUUCCUGUCCCGGAUUUCUUCCCUGAUAAUGACUAUACUGAAGAGGCAUCGUUGAAGGACCUCUUCCUCAAUAGUUUGCCCAAGUAGCUCAGAUGAUGAUGAUAAUGAUGAUGAUGAUGGAGAUAUUCGAGUACCUGUAGAUUUUAUAUCCUCAGUAAUUAAUUGUCUUCUGGGUGCGUGAAGCCCCAGCAGACUCCAUAGCCUUUUAAGUGUCUUGAAAACAAAGGAACACAGUCUUGGUAUUUAUAGGUCCUGGCAGCUAUACACAAUGCCUUUAAGUGUAUAAGAGUGAUCACGAUAACUAUAAACGACAUGACGACCUACUCGUGUUGAGUUUGUUUUGGUAAUGAUGAUAUAAUAUUUUUAUCUCUGUUGAAAAGAUUAAUUUAAUGUUCUUGAGACACUUGAUGUCAUAAGAGACUGUGGAGGCGAGUGACCUGAACUGUACGAGUGUUUGGUGAUAUUUUAGAGUUUCAGUUUAUUAACAAUUCAGAAUAUUAUGUGAGGUGAGCCAGGAACAGAACACCCAAUACUUUAUCAGUUAUAAUCCGUCCCUUCUGUGUAUAUUCUUCCCUAUAUGAACCAUUUUUUUUUUACUAGUUGACUAACCCAGAGACUCAAGUAAUAUAAUAGUAUGGUGGAAUAUGUGUUUGAAGGCCAGUGAUUCUUGUCCGUCCUGGGAAUUUUAAGUCAUUUUUCCAGUUCAGGUCUCAUGCAGGAGGAAGACUUGAGCGUAGGAUUAAGUCUCUCUCUCUCUCUCUCUCUCUCUCUCUCUCUCUCUCACCAGUGUUACCUAUGAGAUAAUAUUUACUUCCGUGAUACUCCGGUUAGCAUUAGUAAGAGUCAAAACAGAGGCAUUAAGAAAUAGAUAAAGCUUUGUGAAGAUGAACUUGUUUUCAGUAUUAACUCUCCGUGAUGUUUGUGUGUGUUAGUAUAGCUUGUUCUGUGUUGGUGUUGUUUGUGAAGGUUUGUUCUCCACCUGAUAAAACACAGGUGUAUGUGCUAGUUGGCCCUGAUUGGUUUGAUGGACCUAAGUAUUAUUAAGCCCAGUAUUAAUGGGCCCCAGUACUAGCGGGUGACAGUAUUAAUGGGCCCCAGUACUAGCGGGUGCCCUUGUACUAACGGGCCCCAGUACUAAGUUCAGUUAAUCUAGCUAUUAAAAUUAGGGCCCAAUUCCGAUAAACACAACCUAACCUAACUAGCAGGAUUGGGAGCCCAGUUUUCGUAAUAUGCAACCCUAAAGAGCCCUAGAUAUAAUAGGCUCCAAAACCAAUGAGGCCCCUAGUCUGACUGUACCCUUGUCCUGAUAGGCCCCAAUACUAAAGAUGGGGGCUAAUGUGACCUAUAACAACCACUGAGCGAUAAUAAGUAACUGUAUCGAUAAAUAAUAUAUAAGUUCAUGAUAUAUAACUCUGUCAACCAUUUAAGGGUAUCGUGUGUAUGUAUAGACGAUUGAAUAAACGACAGAAACUUAUGGUGUCUGCAGAGUAAAACAAAAUCAUAACGAUAUGAAUUAAUAAAUGCUUUUAACUUCUC